AUGGCUUAUACAUUGACUAGAUAUCCAGCACAGUUGUCACUGACAGCAUGGAUGAAUCUUGUGGGAGCAGCUCAAUCACCAGUUUAUACAGUUAUUGUGAAUCACAAAAGAGCUGCUUGGACUAUUGGUUUCAACAUCGAUUUCUGGUCUACUCUAUAUGGAGGAGUUGUGGCUUCUGCUAUAAUAAUCUUCAUUCAACUAUGGUGCACCGAACAAAAAGGACCAGUUUUCGUGACAAUGUUUAAUCCAGUAUCCACUUUGUUGGUGGCAAUUCUGGCCUAUUUGCUCUUGGAGAGAAGCUACAUGUAG